UUCCGGGAGGAGGGGCAGGUGCGGCGACGGCGCAGCUCCCAGCACCCAACGGCCAAGACCCCACUUUCAUGGCCAGCCCUGGGGAGGCCCAGGAGGAGGAAGGGGAGAAAGAGGGGGGUUCUGUGGGGCCAUGGGCAGCCAUGUUGGCACAGGCCCAGGAGCUGUUUCUGCUGUGUGACAAGGAGGCCAAGGGUUUCAUCACGCGGCACGACCUGCAGGGCUUGCAGAAAGACCUGCUCCUCACACCGGAACAGUUAGAGGCUGUGUUCGAAAGUCUGGACCAGGCCCACACAGGUUUCCUCACGGCCCGAGAGUUCUGUCUCGGCCUGGGAAAGUUUGUGGGGGUGGAGUCGGCCCAGAGCACACUGCCCUCCCGGGCCUCUGAGGAAACCUUUGAGUCUGGCUGGUCCGAGGUGCAAGGCACGGGGGGCUCCCUGGAAGAAGAGGAAGAGGAGGAGAGAUUCUUUGCUGUGCUGGAGCAGCUGGGGGUGGCCCGGGUUCUGAGCGAGCAGCGGGCGGUGCGAAUGCUCUGGAUCCGGCUGCAGCGCGAGCGGCCGGAGCUGCUGGGAUACUUCGAGGACGUUCUGAUGCGUGCGUCGGCCUGCCUGGAGGAGGCGUCCCGAGAACGAGACGGCCUGGAGCAGGCGCUGCGGCGGCGGGAGAGCGAGCACGAGAGAGAGGUGCGGUGCCUGUACGAGGAGACUGAGCAGCAGCUCCGAGAGCAGCGCCAGCGCCUAAGGAACCAGGGCCUCCCCCGGGAGGAGCGCAGAGGCCGUCUGGAGCUGGAGCUGCAGAGUCGCGAGCAGGAGUUGGAACGCGCCGGCCUGCGGCAGCGGGAGUUGGAACAGCAGCUGCAGACCCGGGCCACAGAGCAGCUGGAGGCGCAGGCGCAGAACGCCCAGCUGUGGCUGGCCAACGAGGCCUUGCGGGCACAGCUGGAGGGGGCGCAGGAGCAGCUCCGCAGACUGGAGGGCGACGUGCAGGGCCGCCAGGAGCAAACCUUACGAGACGUGGUCGCGGUCUCAAGGAACAUGCAGAAAGAGAAACUCAGCCUCCUGCGGCAGCUGGAGCUCCUCAGGGAGCUGAACACCAGGCUACGAGACGAGAGGGAUGCCUGUGACACCAAGCAGCUGGGCAGUGGCCCAAGGAAGUCUCUGGCCUCAGCCUGCCUGCCGGGGCCCGCCUGCUGCUGCUGCUGCUGCUGCAGCAGCAACUGGGCUCGACCUCCCAGACGUGGCUCAGGCCACUUUCCCAGUGCCCACUGACCAGCCCCAAGAGACUCAUGGGCGUGACCUGGAGAAGCUGCCCUUUGAAAGUGACUCAUCAUGGCUGGGGCUGCCCAUCCAGGCUGUGGGCUCUACCCAUUGGGCUGCCUGGCCUGCCUGACUGCAGACAUGAAGGAACUAACAAGGGGAGGUCAGGCUCUCUUGAACCCCACUUCUGGUUCUCAUCCUGUCCCCAUCCCAUCAAACCCAUCUCUGUCCGGCAGAAAACCCUCCUCCUCCAAGUAAACUCCACUGACUGCACUGCAA